AUUCAAACAAAAAUUGUAAAAUAGUAGUAACUUGUAGUUGAUUACUUGUGGUUUCGAAAAAAAGUUAAAAAGGAUAGCGCAAAGUAGCGCGGUUGAAGAUGAGUAACACCGUCGCCGUCGAUUGUUGGCUUCUCAGUUCCGGCGUUUCCUCCUUUACAUCCACUUCCAAGUUGUACUUUCCGGCCAAUUUUUCUCGAAAACCACGCUUUGGUAGCAACACAAUUCGAGCUUCCGCCACCACAAACGGUUCAAGUGAAGAUGUUAUUUACAAAGCGUUAUUAUGUGGAAGAAGAGCCUUACUAUCUAUGAUUACCUUGCCUCUUGUUAUGCCGUGUGAAAGAAUUGACAAUAGUGUUGGUGCCAUUGCCGCUGAGUACGUUCAAACUGAGAGCUUUCAGGUAAGGGAAGAGAUCAGGAAGGUAUUAUCCAAGGGCAAGGCUGCUGGUGUACUUCGCCUUGUAUUCCAUGAUGCAGGAACUUUUGAAAUUGAUGAGAAAACUGGGGGUAUGAAUGGCUCUAUAGUAUAUGAACUCGACAGACCCGAAAACAAAGGCCUUAAGAAAUCUCUAAAGAUUCUGGACAAAGCGAAGAGUCAAAUUGAUCUUGUGAAAUCAGUCUCAUGGGCUGAUAUAAUAGCUUUGGCUGGAGCUGAAGCUGUUUCAUUAUGUGGUGGACCUAGUAUCCCCAUUCAGUUGGGGAGAAUUGAUUCAAUUUCCUUCUCAUUCAAAUUGAUGGCGUUUAUCCAUCUAAGCACCAGGUGCCAGAAACUUACCAUGAGGAAACCCCUAAUGGUGCAAGAUCCUGAAGGAAAACUUCCUGAAGAAUCACUAGAUGCCAUUAGCUUGAAGCAAUGUUUUGAAAGGAAAGGCUUCUCAACUCAGGAACUUGUUGCCUUGUCUGGCGCGCAUACUCUGGGAAGUAAAGGGUUUGGGAAUCCAACUGUCUUCGAUAAUGAAUAUUUCAAGAUACUCAUGAAGAAGCCAUGGUUGUCCUCAGGCGGCAUGACUAGUAUGGUUGGACUUCCCUCUGAUAGGGCACUUGUUGAAGAUGAUGAAUGUGUAGGAUGGAUAUCAAAGUAUGCUGAGGACCAGAGUUUAUUUUUUGAUGAUUUCAAGAAUGCCUAUACUAAACUUGUUGACACUGGUGCAACUUGGAAGAAAGCAUUGUAGUCCUUGAAAUUAAUCAGCAAUACCUUGUCAUAGCUGGUAACUUGUUUUGGGAUAUACAAGGUUUGAUGACCCUGCAACAAAUGCACUCAAAUGUUACUUUUUGGUUACACAGGCAGUCUUAACGGAAAAUUUGCAGCUAAAGUUCAGUAAAUGAACGUAAUAUGGCUAGAAGUCGAAUGUUUUUAUGGAAAGGCUUAGCUCUAUCUACCACCAAUAUUUAACAACUUGGUCCUACUCAUUGAUUUACAACAGUUUGCGCAAUCCAGUACCUACCCUACACUCAUAAGAAACGUUAUGUUGUUACACUCUCAUCUAAAUAAAUGUAUGAGAGGAAAAAGUAUACUGCAGCUUCAUUUAGGUAUUCUUAUCACUUAAUUGGUCUCAUGUUUUGACAUUUAUUCUGAUUGAUUCAUCAGAGAAAAGUUAUCACCCUAAUAUAUGAAUUUGUGAUUUUUAGAAUCUGGGAAUAUUAUUGAUUAUGUAAAUUUGGCUGCUUCUUUUUUUUUC